UUCACUUUGCAGCGUGCAGAAUGAGGGACCAUUUUCCUGCCGUAUUUACCCAGACUAGGGACCACUCCCCUUGCUAUCCCAGGAGACACAGCCCAAGUCCAGAAUCUGAAGAUUCUACAUUGAAAAUGCUCAAAUAGGACGUAACUGUUCUAAGUUAACAACUAAUUUCCAGUCAGUGAGUAAUUUUUUUCCUGAAACAUCCACUCGGUGGAAAACAAAUGAAGAGGGGAAAAAAUUAAGUAAACAAAUCUGAAAACGAGGCCACGACACACAAGAGAUGGAGGCGCCUCUACACUUAACGGGCGAGAGAAGACGGCGCUCCCAGGUUUAUAUCAAACAAAACCGUGGUUUCAACUGGCCCUGACUGAGCCUCACCCGAUGAAUGACUUCCAGUGCCUCUGUCUCUCUGGGACCAAGAGGAGGGAAUUAUUUUUAGCACAACUAUUUGAAAAUCUCUGAGAACUUGGAUCUGUUUUUCUGUCUGGUACCAAAGCAAGAUUUUCUCUGAGCUCUCAUGAAAGAUCCUCAGUCUAUUGUGGAUUUAGAAUUCUGGAGCAACCCCCACCCCAGAGCAAGAGCCAAAGAUGUUUGUCUUGCUCUAUGUUACAAGUUUUGCCAUUUGCGCCAGUGGACAACCGCGGGGUAAUCAGUUCAAAGGAGACAGCUACUCCCCAAGGUAUAUCUGUAGCAUUCCUGGCCUGCCUGGGCCUCCAGGCCCCCCUGGAGCGAAUGGUUCCCCCGGGCCCCAUGGUCGGAUCGGCCUUCCAGGACGAGAUGGUAGAGACGGCAGGAAAGGAGAGAAAGGUGAAAAGGGGGCUGCAGGUUUGAGAGGUAAGGCUGGACCCCUGGGCCUUGCUGGAGAGAAAGGGGACCAAGGAGAGACUGGGAAGAAGGGACCCAUAGGACCUGAGGGAGAGAAAGGAGAAGUAGGUCCUCCUGGGCCUCCUGGACCAAAAGGAGACAGAGGAGAGCAAGGGGACCCGGGGCUGCCUGGAGUGUGUCGAUGUGGAAGCAUCGUGCUCAAAUCUGCCUUUUCUGUUGGCAUCACAACCAGCUACCCAGAAGAAAGGCUGCCAAUUAUAUUUAACAAGGUCCUCUUCAAUGAGGGAGAGCACUACAACCCUGCAACGGGAAAGUUCAUCUGUGCCUUCCCAGGGAUCUAUUAUUUUUCUUAUGAUAUCACAUUGGCAAAUAAGCACCUGGCCAUUGGGCUGGUACACAAUGGGCAGUAUCGGAUAAAGACCUUUGAUGCCAACACAGGAAACCAUGAUGUGGCUUCAGGGUCCACAGUCAUCUAUCUGCAGCCAGAGGAUGAAGUCUGGCUGGAGAUAUUCUUCACUGACCAGAAUGGGCUCUUCUCAGACCCAGGUUGGGCUGACAGCUUGUUCUCUGGAUUUCUCCUGUAUGUUGACACAGAUUAUCUAGACUCCAUAUCAGAAGACGAUGAGCUCUGAUGAGGACUGUUGGUCUGAAAUGUCCCAAGAUCCUUAUGGCAGACACUUUGAUUUAAUCUGGGGCCCUGGAAGUUGGAAGCAGCGGAAAUAAGAUCCAAAAAGACACCCACUCAGAUUCCAGAGCAUUUACAGACAAUUCUAGCAGAAUCUGUUAACACAAGUUGAACCAGCAAACCAUUGAAACCACACUAAAAUGAAUUAUAUCAAAAAACCCCACAUAUGUUCUCUCAAAAGUGAUGUUCAUAAAUAUUUAAACAAAUUAAAGACAAUGUUACAAAUUUUCUAUUAAAUUUCUUGAGUCCUAAAACCAGCUGGCAAUGAUAUUGUCUCAUUAAAUCCUCAUAAAAUUG